AUGGCCCGACCAUGGCUCCAUCUCUGCCUCUUUCUCCAGAUCCCAGGCUUCUGUAUGAAUCUACUUUUAUCCCAGACUCCAGAGCAUAUUUUAGCCCAAACUAACAAUAAAACAGAAAUCCUCUGUGAGCUGAAGAAGGAGCAUACUGGGGUGUACUGGUACCGCUGGAGCCAGGAGAGGCAAAAUUUCCAGUUCUUGAUGUUUUCCAGCACGUUGGGCAAAGCUGUGUAUGGCACAAACAUCAGCCAGGAGAAGUUCCGUGUCCACGUGGCGAGUUCCCGCAGCUCCUUCAGCCUGCACAUCAGCCAGCUCCAUGCCUCAGACAAUGGCACCUAUUACUGCUCCAUCUCCCAGGCCUCCCAGCUCCUCCUGGGCACUGGGACACGGCUCAGUGUGGUUGAUGUUCUGCCUCUGCCUCUGAAGACCACUCUGGCACCAACCUCCAAAAAACCCGUGCAGUGCAUAACCAAAAGCAAAGCUGCCAGCAAGAAAGGUGCCUGCAGCCCCCUGGUCUGGAUCCCACUGGCCACCGGUGCCCUGGUCCUCCUGCUGAGCCUGGUCCCCACUGCCCACCACCUCCACCGUCUGCGGCGGAGGCUGUGGCUUCGUAUCCACAGGCAGUAA